AUGCGACGUACGAGCGUUUUGCUUGCGGCAUCGCCGGGGGUUGGAAUAGCCCCGGAGACGACACCUGUCAAGUAUGUUCCGUCAAUGCUUAACAUCCAGAACAUGUUGUGGUGGAACGGAAAGCGUAGCCAGUACCGCGCGACCUACCGCGAGAAAACGUGGUAUGAGGUGAGUCGUGUGGGCGCCCACGUGAAGGGGAGACGUUCCAUCAUGCGCCAAAAGUACUCGCCGGAGGCAUUGCGGAUGGCACUUUCCAUGGUGCCAGAAUGGUUUGAGGUGGCGGAUGUACCACGCCCACCGCAGCGCAUUCGUGCGCAGUCUGAGGGUAUCGUGGGGCGUUGGUACAGUAACUUCUGGACUUUGCACGCGGUGAAGUAUCAGUGUCGUUUGGCCAAUGUGGAGUGGCCUUUUGGUGAGCGGCAGCGACCGCGAACAAACUAUGAAGAGCCUUUUUUCUUUGUUGACUUUGAGGAGAGCAAGGCAGCACGGGACUACCGUAGCCGUUGGAUCAAUGUAAAUCGGAGUUUGGUGGGCAUGUCGAAACGCAUGAAGGAGGCGGAAGAGGAGACGCGUUACAUGCAAUUCCGGAAGCAGCAGGACACUUUUUGGUCCAACCGCAAGGUUCUAGUGAACCGUGUGAAGUCGAUGUAUAAUCAAGGGACCAUGACAUCGACCAAGGAAUUGCCUAUUAAGACAAUCAACAUCAAAGCAUUCCUGGCAGAGUGA